CCUUUUUUAUUUAUACUUUUUUUUUUUUUGAUACUUCAUAUAUUUUCAUGAUGACAAGAGAAAAACAAGAAGAACUCUUUGUCGAUUAUGAACAAGUAUCUUAUAAACAAGAAACUGAACGGUUUUUGAAAGAGUUACCUCAUUAUACUCAAGAAUAUGUGGUGGGCCUUUUUCCUAUAGCCUCAUGGAUUAGACGAUAUAAUCUUUUGUGGAUGGUACGUGAUCUUAUUGCUGGUAUUACAGUAGGUAUCGUAGUUGUACCUCAAUCUAUGGCUUAUGCAAAAAUCGCUAUGUUACCUCCUCAAUAUGGUUUAUAUACUGCUUUUGUUGGUCUUUGUGUCUAUUGUUUAUUCGCAACUUCUAAAGAUAUUUCUAUUGGUCCUACUGCUGUCAUGUCAUUAUUAGUUGGUCAAACCAUUACACGUAUCACUGCUGAAUCAUCCACAAUUACAGCAACUGAAAUUGCAGUUGCAUUUUCAUUAUUGACUGGUGCUAUUGCUAUGUUUCUUGGUCUAGUGCGACUUGGUAUCUUGGUGGACUUUAUUCCAGCUUGUUCUAUUGCUGGCUUUAUGACAGGUUCGGCUAUUACGAUUACAAUUGGUCAAUGGCCUAAAUUAUUCGGUAUAAAGAAUAUCAACACUCAAGAUUCAACCUACCUCAUUUUUGGCAACUUUUUCAAGAAUUUACCAAACACAAAAAUAGAUGUCGCCUUUGGAUUGGUUAGUUUAGUUUGGCUCUAUGGUGUCCGAUAUGGCUGUCAAUAUCUUUCCAAACGCUAUCCCAAAUAUAGCACACAUCUCUUCUUCUUUAGUAUUAUGCGUAAUGGUAUUCUUGUCAUCGUUGGUACUUUGAUUGCCUUCCUCAUCAAUAUUGGUAAAACCACUUCGCCCAUUAGUAUUCUCAAAACGGUUCCUGCUGGUUUCCAGGCCAUGGGUGUACCUCGUAUCGAUGGUGAUGUCGUCAGUUCUAUUGCCUCUUCUUUACCUUCUGGUGUGAUCAUUUUGAUUUUGGAACACGUUGCUAUUGCAAAAUCUUUUGGUCGGAUCAAUAACUAUACUAUUAAUCCUGAUCAAGAAAUCAUCGCUAUUGGUUUUACAAAUAUUUGGGCUUCUUUCUUUGGUGCCUAUCCAUCUACUGGAUCAUUCUCUCGUACUGCUAUUAAAGCUAGAUCUGGUGUCAAAACUCCCAUUGCUGGUAUUUUUUCUGCUCUUGUUGUGGUGCUCGCUUUAUAUGCUUUGACUCCUGCUUUCUAUUAUAUUCCUGAUGCUGUUUUAUCUGCAGUUGUGAUCCAUGCUGUGGCUGAUCUUGUGUCUGGACCUAGUUACAUCAAACGUCUUGCUUCAGUCAGUCUUUGGGAAUUAUUUGUAUUUGUGGUGACGGUGAUAGUGACCUUCUUCACUACGGUUGAAUAUGGUAUCUAUGCCUCUGUCGCAUUAUCUAUUGUCAUCCUCCUCUUCCGUAUUGCUCGACCUCGAUUCUGGGCAUUGGGACGUGUACCACUUGCAUCUGAUCUACCAAAAGCUGCUGAUGACAAAUCAUGCACUUCAUCUCAGCAACGUUAUCUUUAUGUACCUCAAAAUCAUCCUUCCUUGGGCAAAUUGGUGGAACCCUUACCUUCUGGUGUACUUAUGUGCCGUGUAGAUGAAUCCUUUACUUAUCCCAACUCUGGUUAUAUCUCGGACAAGAUCAUCGCAUACUGCAAGGAAAAUACUCGACGUGGAGGUGCUAUAUUGACCAAAGGUGACCGUGCUUGGAAUGAUGAUGCCAAUCCAGAAGUGGAAGCUGCUCGUGAACAAUUACCUUUACUACAUGCACUUAUUUUGGAUGUGGCUGGUGUGAACCGUCUUGAUUCAAGUGGUCUCCAAGCUGUAGUCGAUGCACAAGCCGCUCUGAAUCGAUUUGCUGGUCAUCAUGUGGAAUUCCAUUUUGUUAAUAUUGUCCAUCCUGCUAUUAGGCGAGCUCUGAUUGUAGCCGGCUUUGGUACUCAGCCUAUUCCUGGUCGUGAAGGUCAAGAAAUUUUACCUGUGGUCCCUGCUUCCAAGGAUGGUCCUCAACCACAACGACAACAACAACAACAAGAAGAAAUAGAACAGCGACCUCGUGAUUUGGAAGAACAAAAUUACAGUUCAGGCGAUGAUGAUGAAAAACCUCAACAAAUUGAAUCCGCCCCAUCCUUUCAUUCCAAGGCUGAAUCCACCACUACUUUGUCCAAUCCUAUUCCUUUACCCAAAGAUGUGUAUCCCUUCUUCCAUUGGAGUGCUGAUGAUGCCGUCAAUGCAGCUGUUCGAACUUUGUCUGUACGAUUAUCUUUACAACAACAAGUAGAUCAAUGAAAACAUUCCUGGUCUUUUAUUUAUUUAUUUAUU